AUGUCUUGCUACGACCUGUGCUCCACCUCUGCCUGUGGCAUCAACCGCCCCCAGCCCAUCGCUGACAGUGGGAAUGAGCCGUGUGUCCGUCAGUGCCCUGACACCACGACUGUGAUCCAGCCACCCCCAGUCGUCGUCACCUUCCCCGGCCCCAUCCUCAGCUCUUUCCCCCAGGAUUCGGUUGUGGGAUCCUCUGGAGCACCCGUCCUUGGGGGCUAUGGGGGUUAUGGCUCCCUGGGCUAUGGGGGUCUGUAUGGCUAUUGUAGGCCCUACGGUUAUGGCUAUUGCAGCCCUUACUCCUACCGGUACAACAGGUACAGCCGCGGCAGCUGCGGGCCCUGCUAA